AGAGUCCAGGCUCAGCUGCUGUAUUAGUGCCUCUAGCGGGGAACUAUGAGCGCUGCAAAACCCUAUCACCAUUUUUACCCUCCCCUCUCUCCACCCCCUUUGCCCCCGCCCACCUCUUCACCACUUCGGCUCCUCCCUCUUCUCGCUCCGUCUAUUUCUCUCUCUCUCUCCGCCCCCCCACCCCCCGCGUCUCUCUCUCUCUCUCUCUCUCUCUUUUUCCUCUCUCUCUCUCUCUCUCCUCUCUCUCUCUCUCUCUCUCUCUCACUCACUCACUCUCUCCCUCUCCCUCUCCUCUCUCUCCUUCCUCCUCCGCCUCCUCAGCUCUUGGGCUAGAAUAUCUAUGGGUCGAAACGUGAUGCGAUGAAUUCGAGAGAGAGCGAAACUAGGACGAGGAGUGCGGCGGAAGCGGCGGGACUCCCGGGCAUGGGGGCUUCACCACAAUAGAGGCAGCGCCCCCACCCGCCCCCGCCAGCCCCUCCGGAGCGAAGCCCCCAAACCCCCUCGGGAAAAGGAUGGCGGCAGCACCUACCCAGAUCGAAGCCGAGCUGUAUUACCUGAUCGCUAGGUUCUUGCAGUCUGGACCCUGCAACAAAUCCGCUCAGGUGCUAGUGCAGGAGCUCGAGGAGCAUCAGCUGAUUCCGCGCCGCUUAGAUUGGGAGGGGAAAGAGCACCGAAGAAGCUUCGAGGAUCUGGUGGCAGCAAAUGCACACAUUCCUCCAGACUACCUCCUUAAAAUUUGUGAGAGAAUUGGUCCUUUACUAGAUAAAGAGAUCCCUCAGAGUGUUCCUGGGGUACAGACAUUAUUAGGUGUUGGUCGGCAGUCUCUGCUACGGGAUGCCAAAGACUGUAAGAGUACACUAUGGAAUGGGUCUGCUUUUGCGGCUCUGCAUAGAGGCAGACCUCCAGAACUACCUGUAAAUUAUGUGAAACCUCCAAAUGUGGUGAAUAUCACCUCUGCCAGGCAAUUAACCGGAUGUAGUCGCUUUGGUCAUAUUUUCCCUUCAUCUGCUUACCAGCACAUCAAGAUGCAUAAGAGAAUUCUGGGCCACUUGUCAUCUGUCUACUGUGUAGCAUUUGACCGAAGUGGGCGAAGAAUUUUUACAGGUUCAGAUGACUGUUUAGUAAAAAUUUGGGCUACAGAUGAUGGACGCCUUCUUGCUACACUUCGUGGACACUCUGCUGAAAUUUCUGACAUGGCUGUUAACUAUGAAAACACUCUUAUUGCUGCAGGCAGCUGUGAUAAGGUAGUAAGAGUAUGGUGUCUUCGAACUUGUGCACCCGUUGCAGUCCUUCAGGGCCAUUCAGCUUCUAUUACUUCCAUACAGUUUUGUCCAUCAACUAAAGGCACAAACAGAUACCUCACUUCUACUGGUGCUGAUGGAACAAUCUGUUUCUGGCAAUGGCAUGUAAAAACAAUGAAGUUUAGAGAUCGCCCGGUGAAAUUUACUGAGAGAUCCAGACCUGGAGUCCAGAUAUCUUGUUCAUCUUUCAGUUCUGGUGGUAUGUUCAUUACAACUGGUAGUACUGACCAUGUGAUUAGAAUAUAUUAUUUGGGUUCUGAGGUUCCUGAGAAAAUUGCUGAAUUAGAGUCACAUACGGAUAAAGUUGUUGCUGUUCAGUUCUGUAACAAUGGAGACAGUUUAAGAUUUGUUAGUGGAAGUCGAGAUGGAACGGCAAGAAUUUGGCAGUAUCAGCAACAAGAAUGGAAGAGUAUAGUGCUAGACAUGGCUACUAAAAUGACUGGCAAUAAUUUGCCAUCUGGAGAAGACAAGAUCACUAAACUUAAGGUGACUAUGGUUGCCUGGGAUCGCUAUGAUACCACAGUUAUUACUGCAGUGAACAAUUUUCUUUUGAAAGUGUGGAAUUCUAUCACAGGACAGCUUCUUCAUACAUUAUCUGGACAUGAUGAUGAAGUAUUCGUUCUGGAAGCCCAUCCAUUUGAUCAAAGGAUCAUACUUUCAGCAGGUCAUGAUGGGAACAUUUUUAUUUGGGACCUUGACCGGGGGACCAAAAUUCGGAAUUACUUUAACAUGAUUGAAGGCCAAGGCCAUGGUGCGGUGUUCGAUUGUAAAUUUUCACCAGAUGGAAACCAUUUUGCCUGCACAGAUUCUCAUGGGCAUUUGCUGCUUUUUGGUUUUGGAUGCAGUAAAUACUAUGAAAAGAUUCCAGAUCAGAUGUUCUUCCACACGGAUUAUCGUCCUCUUAUUCGUGAUGCCAAUAACUAUGUAUUGGAUGAACAAACCCAACAAGCUCCUCACCUCAUGCCUCCUCCAUUUUUGGUGGAUGUUGAUGGAAAUCCUCAUCCCACAAAAUUCCAACGGUUGGUACCAGGACGGGAAAAUUGUAAAGAUGAACAGCUUAUACCACAGCUGGGAUAUGUGGCUAAUGGUGAUGGUGAGGUAGUAGAACAGGUAAUUGGGCAGCAAACCAAUGACCAAGAUGAGAGCAUUCUUGAUGGAAUAAUCAGGGAGCUGCAGAGAGAACAAGACCUGAGACUAAUUAAUGAAGGAGAUGUUCCACAUUUUCCAGUUAAUAGAGCAUACUCUGUUAAUGGUGCUCUGAGAAGUCCAAACAUGGACAUAUCUUCUUCCCCAAACAUGAGGCUUCGAAGACAUAGUAGUCAAAUCGAAGGUGUUAGACAAAUGCAUAACAAUGCUCCUCGGAGCCAGAUGGCCACUGAAAGAGAUCUCAUGGCAUGGAGCAGAAGAGUGGUGGUCAAUGAACUAAAUAAUGGGGUUAGUAGGGUACAGGAAGAAUGUCGAACUGCAAAAGGUGACAUAGAAAUCAGUCUUUAUACAGUUGAAAAGAAGAAAAAGCCAUCUUACACUACUCAAAGGAAUGAUUAUGAGCCUAGCUGUGGGCGUUCUUUACGCAGGACACAGCGCAAACGUCAGCAUACUUACCAAACACGGUCCAACAUAGAGCAUAAUUCACAAGCAUCAUGUCAAAACUCAGGUGUACAGGAAGACUCAGACAGCUCCUCAGAGGAAGAUGAAACUGUUGGCACAAGUGAUGCUUCAGUAGAGGAUCCUGUUGUUGAAUGGCAAAGUGAAAGUUCUUCCAGUGAUUCAUCAAGUGAAUAUUCUGAUUGGACAGCAGAUGCUGGAAUAAAUUUACAGCCCCCAAAAAGACAAACCAGACAGACAACACGUAAAAUAUGCAGCAGCUCUGAUGAGGAAAAUUUGAAGUCCCUAGAAGAAAGGCAGAAGAAACCUAAGCAGACUAGAAAGAAGAAAGGAGGACUGGUUUCUAUGGCAGGUGAGCCUAAUGAAGAAUGGUUUGCCCCUCAGUGGAUCUUGGAUACUAUACCCCGACGUUCCCCAUUUGUCCCACAAAUGGGAGAUGAGCUUAUCUAUUUUAGGCAAGGACAUGAAGCUUAUGUUCGGGCUGUAAGGAAAUCAAAAAUAUACAGUGUUAAUUUACAAAAACAGCCAUGGAACAAAAUGGAUCUCAGGGAGCAAGAGUUUGUUAAGAUUGUAGGAAUCAAAUAUGAGGUUGGCCCACCCACACUGUGCUGCUUGAAGCUUGCAUUUCUGGACCCAAUUUCAGGCAAAAUGACUGGAGAAUCUUUUUCCAUUAAGUAUCAUGACAUGCCGGAUGUCAUUGACUUCCUUGUGCUACAUCAGUUUUAUAAUGAAGCCAAAGAAAGGAACUGGCAGAUUGGUGAUAGAUUCCGCAGUAUAAUAGAUGACGCCUGGUGGUUUGGGACUGUGGAGAGUCAGCAGCCUUUUCAACCAGAGUAUCCUGAUAGUUCUUUCCAGUGUUACAGUGUUCACUGGGACAAUAAUGAGAGAGAAAAGAUGAGCCCAUGGGAUAUGGAGCCAAUUCCAGAAGGAACUGCCUUUCCAGAUGAAGUUGGUGCUGGUGUUCCUGUCUCCCAGGAAGAAUUGACUGCUUUGCUAUACAAACCCCAGGAAGGAGAGUGGGGGGCUCAUUCCAGAGAUGAAGAAUGUGAACGGGUUAUUCAGGGCAUCAACCACCUUCUUUCCCUGGAUUUUGCCAGCCCUUUUGCUGUUCCAGUGGAUCUCAGUGCCUACCCCUUGUAUUGUACUGUAGUUGCUUAUCCAACUGACCUCAAUACCAUCAGGCGGAGACUUGAAAAUCGCUUUUACAGGAGAAUAUCAGCAUUAAUGUGGGAGGUACGCUAUAUUGAGCAUAAUGCCAGGACUUUCAAUGAGCCAGACAGUCCUAUAGUUAAAGCAGCUAAAAUUGUAACUGAUGUCUUACUUCGAUUUAUUGGGGAUCAGAGCUGUACUGAUAUACUGGAUACUUAUAAUAAAAUUAAAGCAGAAGAACGAAACAGCACUGAUGCAGAGGAGGAUACAGAAAUGGUUGAUUUAGAUUCAGACGGUCCUGGUACUUCAUCUGGAAGAAGGGUCAAAUGCCGAGGCAGAAGACAGUCUUUAAAGUGUAAUCCUGAUGCUUGGAAAAAACAAUGCAAGGAACUAUUGAGCCUCAUUUAUGAACGUGAAGACUCAGAGCCAUUUCGACAGCCAGCCGAUCUUCUUUCUUACCCAGGUCAUCAGGAGCAAGAGGGAGAAUCCUCAGAGUCUGUUGUUCCAGAAAGACAACAAGAUUCAUCUCUUUCUGAGGAUUAUCAAGAUGUUAUAGAUACUCCUGUGGACUUCAGCACUGUGAAAGAAACUUUGGAAGCAGGAAACUAUGGUAGUCCUCUGGAAUUUUAUAAGGAUGUUCGCCAAAUAUUCAACAACUCCAAAGCUUAUACCUCUAAUAAAAAGUCAAGGAUCUAUAGCAUGAUGCUGCGAUUAUCUGCCUUAUUUGAAAGUCAUAUCAAAAAUAUCAUCUCUGAAUAUAAGUCAGCAAUCCAGAGUCAGAAGAGGAGAAGGCCACGGUACAGAAAACGUCUAAGAAGCAGCAGCAGUUCAUUAUCUAGUAGUGGAGCACCUAGCCCAAAAGGGAAGCAGAAACAAAUGAAGUUGCAGCCUAAAAAUGACCAGAAUACCUCAGUAUCUUAUGCCAGGACUAGCUCUCCUUUCUCAUCUCCUGUUUCAGAUGCUGCUGAAGGGCUUUCACUAUAUCUACUUGAUGAUGAGCCAGAUGGGCCAUUUUCUUCAUCGACCUUCGGUGGAUAUAGCCGAAGUGGAAAUAGCCAUGACCCAGGGAAAGCCAAAUCAUUUCGGAAUAGAGUUUUGCCAGUUAAACAAGAUCACUCCCUUGAUGGACCCAUUACAAAUGGUGAUGGCAGAGAGCCCCGGACAGGAAUCAAGAGAAAACUACUUAGUGCAUCAGAAGAAGAUGAAAACAUGGGAGGAGAAGAUAAAGAGAAAAAAGAAACAAAAGAGAAAUCUCAUUUAUCCACCUCAGAGAGUGGAGAGUUAGGAUCCAGUUUAAGUUCUGAAAGUACCUGUGGUUCUGACUCUGACUCUGAAUCAACUUCCAGAACAGAUCAAGAUUACGUAGAUGGAGACCAUGAUUAUAGCAAAUUCAUACAAACCAGACCUAAAAGAAAACUCAGAAAGCAACAUGGCAAUGGAAAAAGAAAUUGGAAGACCAGAGGCACAGGAGGAAGAGGCAGAUGGGGAAGAUGGGGUAGAUGGAGUAGAGGAGGCAGAGGAAGAGGAGGUAGGGGACGAGGGAGUCGAGGAAGAGGUGGAGGUGGCACUAGGGGGAGGGGAAGAGGGAGAGGAGGAAGAGGUGCUUCUAGAGGAGCUACCAGAGCCAAACGAGCACGUAUGGCAGAUGAUGAAUUUGAUACCAUGUUUUCAGGACGUUUCAGUAGACUGCCUCGAAUUAAAACAAGAAACCAAGGCAGGAGGACUGUUUUAUAUAAUGAUGAUUCUGAUAAUGACAAUUUUGUGUCCACUGAGGAUCCUCUGAAUCUUGGUACAUCCAGAUCAGGCAGAGUGCGUAAAAUGACAGAAAAAGCCAGGGUUAGCCAUCUCAUGGGAUGGAAUUAUUAACAGUUAAUAAAUUUAGAAUAACUUAAAAAAUUCAAUGGCCUUCUACUGCAGGGAAUUUACCAGGAAAUCUACAAAGCAAGUUGUGUGGGGACUUCUGCUUCCUUUCACAUUGGUGCUUUUCCAUUUAUGCCAGUAUACAUUUGUUUCAAGACUUUUGAUCUCCACACUUCAUUUGUUCAAAUAAGCCUUACUCAUUAGGCCUUAAAUUAAAAGAAAUUCUGCCCACACACACACACACACACACACACACACACACACACACACACACACACACACACGAAACACACACGAAACACAACACAGACACUACAGAUUUACUACAUUAAAGGAGCAUUCAGCUUCUUAAGAGUAGCAUGACAUUUUUAUCUCAAUAGAAUAGCCCUCUUUUGCUUUUGUAUCACAGAAGUAUAGCACCUUCUUACAGAGUUUUAUAUAGUUUGUUUUUGCCAUUUUGAUUCCUAUACCCAGUAAUAAUAACUUUUGCACAAUACACCAAUCCUAAAGGCAGCUAUUAAAUGUUUACAGUUUCUAUAUUGUAAGAGCGAUCUGGAUUAUUUUACUCUUCCCAGGCCAAACUUUCAUGACUUGUACUGAACUGAAGUAUAUAUUUAUACUACAGUUUUUUUGGGGGUGGGGGGAUCUUGAUAUGCUUUUCAUUGAUUUGCAUAAUUCACGUUAAAGGUGAGAAAGGGUUGGUGCCUUGUAAAUAUGUAGCAGAUCUUCGUGGUGUGUUCUGAUGUGUGCAUUAACUUUAUUAAAAAAGAAUACUUGAGGUAUCAAUCUAGACAAGGUGCCAAAUGCAAAAGUUUCCCGCAUCAUUUUUUUUCCUAUCACAUUUUAUUGCAUUAAUAGAAUUUGUGUAGCUUAAAUAACUUAAACAUUUGAAAAAUCCUCAUCCACAAAGAACAACUUCUUUGAACAGUAGCUCAGCUACCUCUUAACUACAACUACUGGAAACAUUAAGGAAAAUAGAUGCUGUUAUUCCUUACUGACUAAGGAGAAAUAGAACAAGCGUAGUAGGAAUGAGUACCCAUAAGUUAUAAGCUGAGAGGUUGUUAAUAAUUGUAUUGGUUCUCAAAUUAAUAAUUGUAAUUAACAAAGUUUCAUAAGUAUAGUAUGCUCUACCACCUUAGGCUUUCUUAGAACACAUUUGUGUAAGUAGACUUGGGCUACUGCUUAUAUAUUUCUGCUCCACUUACCAUUUAACAGCUGUGAGUUUCUGAUUUUCAUUUGAAUCUUAAAAUUUAACAAAGCACCUGGUUUGAUUUGGAAUGUUUUGGCUAGCUAGUAUUAUGAAUCAACUUAUAGAUUCUGCUCAUAUCAUUCCAAAGGGUUCUUCCGUUCUAGUCUUUCAGGAAAGAACCUUAUUGCACUGCACACUCAUGUUGUGAAUCAUUAUUUUAUAGAUAAAAAACAUCUUUAAAAACCCUUAUUAUCUUGUUUACAGCAGUAGAGUGCACAUGGUUCCGUAAGUGAGCUUGAAUUCUAAGGUCAGUUUUACUCCCCAGAUUUAAUAUUACAGAUUUGUUCAUUUAUUAGAUACUUACAUUUCUGAGGUAAGAGGGAUAAUAGCAAUUUCUGUUUCUGUAACAGCAAAUUUGUUGCACUUAGAUCAGACUCAUGGGAUAAAACAGACUUCUUAGUGUAUACCUAGCUAUCCCAGGAUAUUUCUUAAGCUAAUGUGUUUGUCUCAUGCUUUCAAUCAUUUCAUGCAUCUGAAAACCCUUAAGCGCAGAGGAAGGCGUACACACAUAAAACUUUGCUUUUUUGGUAGGGUCGGCAGUAGGGUUAUUCUUGGACUAACAUCUUUAAGCAGUUUUCACUUGCAGUAGAAAUGAUGUUCAGGCUUUAAGAGAAAGUAUUGUUGUGAAUUGUUAAUGGCACUAACUUCUGUUACUAGACAGCAGACCAAGCUAUUUUUUUGUUGUAGUCUGUUUUUCACUAAACCAAAACUACUUCUGGUUGUAACUCAGCUGCCACUUUAAACCAUAGUAGAGAUUCAAAACGUUCCUAUUUGAAACUACAUUUGAUUUUUGUUAAAAUGUGCUGUUUCGGUUAUUUAUCUCUUGGGCAUUUAGACUAAAUUGUGCCUGUAUUCCUGAAAUCAAUAAUACUUUGGCUUAUCCUGAUCUAAGUAACAUAGUUACUUAAAUUCCUGGAUAUACCCAAAUAUAGAUCACAUGUAUCGUUUUAGUGUGAAAUUUUUUGUUGACAUUCUUCUAUGAAGAGCUGACCUCUUGAAAUGUAGAAGAAUUGACAUUUGUGUGAUUUUGGCUAUCUGGAGCUUUAUUUAUAAUUUAUUUUGAAAAAUAAAAAUGCCACAUUUAUUUCCCAAAUGUCAAGAUUUUCUAGAAUUAGAUAAUUAGAAUAAUAAGGCUGAAGACAUUUUAAAGCAUAUUUUAUAUGUAGUGAAAUACUGUGAAAAUAUUAGUGAACAGCAUUUUGCUGUAAUGUUUAUUUCAGUUAUUAAGAUUUAAAGUUAGUCAUCAGGGUAUGUUAGAUAAACAUAGUUAUCAUUUAUUAAACAAACAGAUAAUUUUCUGUUUGCAUGCAAAUUAUUUUAAUAAGUGUGAAAAUAAAAGUUUGGAAGAUAGUAUUUUUACUUUUAUAUCUGGACUUUUUUUUCCCCCCAAUUUACACUUUGCUUUCUUGUAAUACCACCUCCUGUGAAUGUGUUGUAAUUAGUAUCACAUUGAUUACUUUAUCAUUUUAAUUUCUUUGAGGCCCUUUAAUCCUAUGUAAAAUCUGGGUCCAGCCAUAGCAAAGCAAGUACAAAAUGAACAAAGAAUUUUGAAGAAAAGCCUAAAUCUUAAAUUGCUAAGAAAAACCACUGUUAUAUUUAGGCCCAUGAGAGCAUAUACAUGUAUAAACCUAAUCCUAUGCUAGAUAUGAAUAGUCAGUGAGCUGUAAUAUUUCUCAUAAAUGCUAAUAAUGUUUAAAUUCCCAGCUUUAAGAUCUUAGUGUGUGUAUAUAUUUAUAAAAUCUGAAUUGUGUGUUUCUUCUAUGGCUUACUGUGUGUUUCUCUUUCAGCAAUAGGAUGCUCUCUAAAACAUUCACUAGCCUACUAGCCUAAUUACUAAAUUUUUGUAUAUGUGUGUUUGUGCACUUGUAUGUGUGUAAAGUUUUUUCCCCAACUUGACACACCUUAUCUCAGACAUUCAAAAAAAGAGAACAUUUUGUAUGGAGGACAGUCUGCCAACUUUUUGCCUCUCUACAGCUCUUAGCCUGUAUAUUUACUGCUUGAUCAUCCAUUUCAUUAUACCUUCUAGAUAACCAAUCCAGGUUUUGUCAUAUACCUGUGUCCCUCUAUUCUUUUUAUUUCCCUUUUUAAUUUUUUUUCUUCUUUUUUUUCCCUCCCCAGAAAUCAGGCUUGUGUUGGAAUUCUUCUCUAUAAUACUUUGUUUCACCCAGAUGCAAAGUAACAAAGUAACUGAGUAAAAUUAUAAAUCUCAUUCUGCACAACUGUGUGCUCAGAUAUUUAACUCAGCCUUCUAAUACUUUUAAGUACCUUUCUGUUAUUUAUCUUUUUGUUGUUUUUGUUUUAAUCCCAUAGAUUGUCAUCAGACAAUAAUAGAGUGAUUGAAAGAGAAAGAUAUAAAUGCCACUUCUGACUUCUUGAUAAAACUUUUUUGAGCAUUUUUCAAAAAUUUGUAUGUUUGUGGUAAUGGGGAAUUAAACACCUUUUACUAGCUGAUGUAUGUUGGAAAUCAUUUUAUGUACAUUUACCAACUGGUACUUAUCUUCAAGUUGGAAUUUUCACAUCCAUAAAAGGGAGACUUGCAUCAUAUAUAAUUUUCAGUAUACUUUGCUGUCCAGCCUUUUAAACAAUUACAGUAACAUUUUGAGUUCUGAGAUGAAUAGUUCUAGGGGAAGGGAUGGAACUUUUGACAUGUAAAGUCCAUUGUUUUAAAUGCUAACCCCAUCCCCAAUAUUUUUGUGGAACGUGAGGCUUUAUGAAAGGUUUAUCAGAAAUAGAAUAUUCUAAAGUCACUUUUAUGGCUUAUUUCAAAAAUUAGUGUGAAAGUAUUUUCAUGCUUUUUUGUUUCUCAUCUUUUAGCAAAGCUUCUUUUCCAAGUUUCAAUUAAAUUGCAAUAUAAAAUUAAGUUUUUUUCAUGGUGCUACAUUUUGUGGAAUAUGGGUAGCACUCAGGUUUCUUUCUUUUCUCUUUUCUUUUCUCCUUCCUUCCUUCCUUCUUCCUUCCUUCCUUCAUUCCUCCCUCCCUCUCUUCCUUCCCUCCUUCCUUCCUUCCUCACCUCAGCCUCCCAAAGUGCUGGGAUUACAGGCGUGAGCCACCGUGCCCGGCCUGUAUACCCUUAUUCUUGAUUAUUUCUUUUUUUCAUCUUUUCAAUCCUGCUUACUUUUAUCCUCACUUUUCUUUCUGCCAUGAAAACCGCACCUAAUUUACCACACUUAAGAUUGGCAGUUUUUGAUUCAUUGAUGGGAGAAGUAUAGUAGAAAGGCCCUGCAGUUUAGAAUUAAGUUGUGUUUGUUUAUUUACAUGUGUGUCCAUUUCUUCUAAGUUAAAUCUAGAAUGUGAGACUUUGACAUAUAAAAGCAUGAUAAGUAUUUUCUUAAAAAAUAAAACUAUUGAUGCAUAAUGAAACCACCAUUGGUAAUUGAAUUUUAAAAUGAUAUGCAAAAAUAUUUAGAAAUCCAGUUGGGAAAUGUGUUUUUGCAUAUGUCACCAGAUACACAUUAGGCAGUACUACAAAUGUUAAUUCUUAAACAAUACUGUGGUGAUGGCAAUCAGUAAUUUAUUUCUUUGUCCUGUAACUUAUCAUUCUUGUCUUUUGUAAUCUCUUACACAGUAUUAACAUAACUGUAUCUUUUUUUUGUUCUUGGUAUCCAUACAUUUUAAGAUGGAAAAUCAGUUCAUAGUUGAUAUGAUAUUGUAUAUGGGCAAAAUGUCCGUUAAACUAAAAUUCAGUAAAAAAGGUAAUCUAAACUGGCUUGAUUUAUAAAAGAUGUUUUGUUUGGCAGUUAUCAGUCAUUAUAAGCAAUUAUCUUCAAAGACAAAAAAACUGGACUAAUUUGUUGCCAUUCUUUAUGGGAUGUUUACAAUAAAAUUCCAAGUUGUUUGGAAUCAAUUGCACUCUUGCUGCUUUAUGCCUUAAUUUAUGUACCAGAGAAAAAUAAUUAACCAGAAGAAAGAAAUAUGGAGUUACUUAUUCAGCUUUAGAGAUUGUAACAUGUAACUCUUAGGUCUUUCUUGUUUCUUUGUCAUAGACUAUUUUAUCACUAUUAUUUUUUAAUCUGAGAAACUAGGAUGCUUCUUCCUAUCAAAGAAAAGGUUUUGUUUUUUGUUUUCAUCUUAGACAUUGCAAAUAUUCUUUGGGUCACUUUUAGGAUAAUAAAUAUGAUGUUUACACUUUAAA